UUUGAAACUCCAUCCUCUCCAGAUCUUCUCUUUCCCAAUAGCCUUAAUAGAUUUCCAGGGGAAAAAGCGAAGCAAAGGGACAAGAAAAGUAGGAAGUUUUCUCUGCCUUUAAAGCUUCCCAGCUGCUCAAAGCUUUUUUCAAAAAUUAUUAUUAUUUAAAUUCCUAUGGAAGUUUCAAAUUCUACUCUCUAUUUUUUUUCAUAUUUUAAAAUGGCUCCGUCAAAGAGGCUGAACGCUUCUUAUUAAUUGAUUGAUUCUCUCACCGGAGCAGGAGAUCGCCAUCUGCACUUCAUCUUUGCCUGUUGUUGCAGUUAACCAAGCAAAGACCCUAGUCUUUGUCGGAGAAACAUUAAAAAAAAAAUCCGAUGAGGACAAGCGAUGCUGCUUCUUCCAGAAGCGGACAAGAGACAAGGUCUAAGGAGGAAGACAAUGGUUCCCCCAUGAGAAACCGCCAAGAGGCGAGUCAAUACACAGAUCAACAACAAGCAGAGCUUUUCAGAAAACUUGAUUCAUUAAAAGGCCACGUCCUCCGUGGUCAAGAUUCACCAAAAGGCUCACAUCAGCCUCCUAUGAGUUUCCAUGGAGGACCACCUCCUUAUUACAAUCCAUAUCCUCCUUAUGGAAUGUAUCAUCCUUCCCCUAGUAACCCCCCUCCUCCUCCUCCUCAUGGAUUCCCACCUCAUCAGAGUAUGUAUCCAGCUGGUCAUUACCCACAUCACAUGAUGCCUCGUCCUCCUUAUCCUCAAGGACAGUAUGUAGAUAUUGGUCCUGACAUACUUGACCCACAGUUACACGACCCUAGAUUCUUUCCCAGUAGAUACGCCGAUGUCCCUGUUUCCCACCAUGCCGAGAAACCUAGACCCUUUAGUCCACAUGGUGGUGGUCAAGGCCAUCAUCACACGAGGUGGCCUAGUGAAGUUAAUUCUGAAAUGGGUGGCGGUGUUUUUACUCGUGAGUAUGUUCAAACUGCUGCUGAUUCCCGUCGUUGCCAUCCUCUAGCAGGUGGUGCUCCCUUUGUAGCUUGUCACAACUGUUUUGAGCUGCUCUAUUUGCCUAGGAAGAAGCUUCUUUCUCAAGAAAAACAACAAAAGCUUCAAUGUGGUGCUUGCUCUGAGUUCUUCAGUUUCACAAUUGUUGAUCAUAAACUUGUCUUCUCUUCUUCUUCGGCUCCUUUUGUUGAAGAUAGAAGCGCAGUGGUAGAUGAUUGUCCACUCAAGGAUGAGGAACCAAUAACACACGUGGAAACAAAAGAUGUAUCGCCUAGUGAACAACACUCAGAUGAUGAUGAAGGAGGAAGAUCAAGCAUUUCUAGUGAACCACAGAAAGAUGUUAUCAAGUCUGUUCGCCGCAGAGUCAAUGACGCCAAAGUUCCUCCUCCACCACCUCCUGAAAACUCUAAUCUUCUUGAGCUGUUUGAGUAUUCUAAUGUAAACAGAGCUGCACUCACUUACGGAAUGUCACAGUUAGGGUACCAUAAGCAAGUAUCCUUCACGAAACAAGACUCUCUGAAACCAGAUUCAGUAGCUUCGGAGACUGAUAUUUCUUUUAAUGGGUACUAUAAUAACACUGAGGACGAUUCAAGGAUCUCCAACGCUAGUAAAGAAGAGAGCAGAAGACGUGGAAACCGGAAGGAGAGUAUCGACUACAGUUUCUCAGAGGCCAAAACUAUAUGUAAUGAAGACAGGGAGCUAGAGGUUUGGGUGAAUGGGCAUCUUAUACCUGAAGAUCAGGUUAUCAGCGCUGAGAAACAAGCUGGACCUGUUCAAGCUGGCAACUACUGGUAUGACUACCGUGCUGGAUUCUGGGGAGUGAUGGGAAACCCCUGUCUUGGUAUCAUACCUCCAUUUAUCGAAGAGUUUAGUCGUCCAAUGCCAGAUAACUGUGGGGCAGGAAACACGGGAGUGUUUGUGAACGGAAGAGAGCUUCACGAGAGAGAUCUUGAGUUACUUUCUAGUAGAGGUCUUCCUCGAGGCAAGAACCGUUCUUACAUCGUUGAUAUUUCGGGAAGAGUUCUUGAUGGAGACUCUGGUGAAGAACUUAAGUGUCUUGGCAAAUUAGCUCCAACGAUUGAGAAGGUUAAGCAUGGAUUUGGCAUGAGAGUUCCAAGAUACCUUGCUUCAUCAACUUGAUUCAGCCUCUUCUUCUCUUUUCAAUCUUCGUUAUUUGAUUGAUAUGUACAAUGUGCUUUUAUGUUACCACAUCAUUGGUUUUUUGGUUAUAUCCACAGCUUGCCUCUACUCUAUUUCUUUUUUUGAUGUUUUGUAUGCUAGUGUUUCAGUCAAUUCUUUUUUUUUCUUGUUUUCGAAGCAAACCAAAGUUUGUGAUUUACGGUCUGGGUUAAAGAUAACAAUCUGAUUUUCUUGUUAUCUGGUUGGUGUAUGUAAGAAUUGAUAUUUUUUGUUUUUUCUGGAUAAUCAUUUUUAUUAUGUAUCAAGUAUCAACUAUCAUCAAAUAAAGUAAAUUAUCA